CAAUCGCAGCGAACCACUGUGUCAAGUCACGCAAUACUCUCGGCAACAGCUGACUAGCCGUCGGCUGCUACAUAGUCGAGGCAAGUUGACCGGAGGUGUCGAAUGAAGUAUUUAUGUCGAAACGCUCGCCCGAAGUCUCGGUCGCUCGGUGUGAACGCGCCUGCAGGCGCGAUUGAUAAGGGCAUUUCUCUCGGCGAGAUCAACAAAGUCGGUGUUCCGUCGCUAUCAUCAGUCGUUGCUCAACAUGGCGAGCCAUAUGCAGAGACUGCUGUUGAGGGCCGGCCGUUUGUGCCGCGUUAAUUCCACGAGGCAGAUCUCCGCCUCCGCCACGCUCCGAGGGAGACCCGCCGCCUUCAAUUGGGAGGAUCCGUUCGACCUGGAGUCGCAGCUGACGCAGGACGAGAUCCUGAUGAGGGAUCAGUUCCGUUCCUACUGUCAGGAGCAGCUCCUGCCGCGCGUGAUCGAGGCGAAUCGCAAGGAGCACUUCGACCGGGAGAUCAUAAGGGAGAUGGGUCAGCUCGGGGUGCUGGGCUGCACCAUGAAGGGUUACGGCGCCGCCGGGGUGUCCUCGGUGGCUUACGGGCUCCUCGCCAGGGAGAUCGAGAGCGUCGACAGCGGGUAUCGAUCGGCGUUGUCGGUGCAGUCCUCUCUUGCGGCCGGCGCGAUCUAUAUGUUCGGCAGCGAGACCCAGAAGGAGCGAUUUCUGCCUAAACUGGUUUCCGGGGAAAAGAUCGGCUGCUUCGGCCUGACUGAGCCCAAUCACGGUAGCGAUCCGGGAUCCAUGGAGACCAGGGCCGUUUACGAUCCCGACAAAAAGGUCUACAGAUUGAGUGGCAGCAAAACAUGGAUCACAAACUCGCCCAUCGCCGACGUAUGUGUGAUAUGGGCGAAAUGUGACGACGGUCAGAUCCGCGGGUUCAUCGUCGAGAGGGAAACUGCUGGUGAUCGAUUGUCCACUCCAAAGAUCGAGGGCAAGUUUUCUUUAAGAGCGUCCAUCACCGGCAUGAUCCUGAUGGAUAACGUGAUCGUACCGGAGGAAAAUUUAUUGAACGUUCAGGGACUCAAAGGACCGUUUAGUUGCUUGAACAACGCACGGUACGGUAUCGCCUGGGGCGCGUUUGGCGCGGCGGAGGCCUGCCUGAAGAUCGCCCGAUCUUACACCCUGGAGAGGAAUCAGUUCAAAAGACCGCUGGCGGCGAAUCAGCUCGUGCAGAAGAAACUGGCGGACAUGAUGUGCGACGUCGCGAUCGGUCUUCAGGCGUGCUUGCGAGUCGGUAGACUAAAGGACGAGAACAGAGCCGCGCCGGAAAUGAUUUCCAUCAUAAAGAGAAACUCGGCCGCCAAAGCGCUGGAGAUCGCGCGAACCGCGCGGGACUUGCUGGGCGGAAAUGGGAUCUCGGACGAGUACCACGUGAUCAGGCACGUGAUGAACUUGGAAACGGUGAACACUUACGAAGGUACAAACGAUAUUCACGCGUUGAUUCUCGGGAGAGCGAUCACCGGUAUCGCCGCGUUCUCGGGAUAAGCGGCUCGAGUGUCCGAAUGAUAAGACUGUCUUUGUACAAGCAACGUGCCAUCGAUUUUCACACUUACGAGCGUUCGACACGCUUCCGCUGUACUGUCACCGUCAACUUCUUUUUGUCUCAAGAAUCAUUAAUUACUUUUAUAACGAGAAUUUUAUUUUGUAUAGUUCGAAGCUGACGCAUUGAAUGUAUACCGUUUGAUCGAAGAGAUGAAGGUACUCCUGUCUCUCUUACGAAAGGUUGAGGGCCUAAUAAAUUUAUUGCACAAGA